CGUAUUAUCACAAGCGGUUAGAUUGUACAAGCGUGAUCAUAAAGCAUUUACAGAGACGUAAUUGUUUUUAAACGAAGAAUGAAAUUCUACACAUUUCUGAUUUGUCUUACGGUUGCUUCGUGCUUCAGUGUAAAGCAGACACCAAUAUGCUGCUUUCCGGAUCAGUUCGAGACGUUUAUAUUUAUUUCUCAGGGUGUGGUUGAUGUCCCAUCUGGAAAACUCGGGUACGGAUAUGGAUAUUUUAAUGGAACAAUUAAAACGGCAUUCGACGGAAUUAACCAGUUGACGUACUCACAUGAACAUUCUAUGAAUUUUAUGUCGAUCUGGCCAGUUCCAAUCGUACUAGACACUGUAGACAUUUUGGACUACAAGAAUAAUGUGCAAUGGCGUGCGUAUGGAGAUGGUACGUGUGAUAAAAUGGAUGUAGGCUUGCCGCUGUAUCCAGAAUGCAUACCUGCUAAUGCUUCAUUGAUGAGUGAAGGUUUGCUGGGACAAACAGGAAAAGUUAUGAAGACCUUUAUAUUCCACGAUCGCAUAUAUCUAGAUCCAUCCGAGGUCACAAUAACGGUUAUUAUGUCAGAUGAUAAAGAGGGAGAAUGUUAUCCCGUGAGAAUGUCAGUGUCCGAUUCGUAUGUUUUCGAUAGUGACAAAAAUGUUGACAUCACAGUAGCAGAUAUACUGGAUUUCACCCCUGGUAUAAAAGAUAAAUCCAUAUUUACACCGCCACCAUCAUGCAUGAAUGUGACAACAAUAAAGGACGCAGGAUCAAUUAAAAGAUCAGGAAGAAUCCGGGAUAUUCUUUACGAUUUUGCAGACAAGCAUAGAAACAGCAGAGGAUGAUACAAAAAGAUCGUUCAUACCUCUUGUAAUACGCACGAGAUAAACGUUUUCUUUAAUUAGUGCAAUUGUAACCACAGCACAACUCAUUAGAAUACGAUCUAGACAGGCAAAUGUGAAUUGAGUUGCUAUGUUUAAAGUCUUUCAUAAACAGUUGAUUUAAAACAGUAGAGAUUAUGUUCUAUGAUUGUCUCUAAUGCUAUAAUAAAAUAUACAUAUUAAUAGUGUUCGUCUAAAAUUGUCUUUCUUGUAUCUGGGACAUAUUGCUCUAUAACUAAUCUGAAAUAGUUCAUCGUAUUUAAAAAGAAGACAUUGCCCAUUUCUAAACUAUUAAUGAACAACAUACAUUUAUACUAAACAUAACUACUUUGCAAAUUUUUUCCGCUUUAAUAGCUGUAUCAAGACUGCGCAAUUCAUUGUAUAUAUCCUGUUGUUAUGCACAAAGUAUCAAAAUAUGUCACAGUUUGUAAGUUGUACAAAAACCAGAAUUAAAUAUUGCAAUGCCUAGUGAUCUAAAGAAAUUGGUUGAUGAUUAAAUGAAGGCACAGUAUCUGUUGAUAUAAUGUAUGGCACUGGAAAGGUUUCCCUAGCAAUUCAAACAGUACAAUGAAA